UACCCCAAAAAAAAAAGCAACCAAAACCCAAAACCCCAGAAUCCAGCGCUCUGCAAGACUGCAACGCAUACGUCCGCAAAACCAUCACGACCUUUCCUAUAUAUGCUUCUACACUACAAGUUCCGAGCAGACCUUUUUCGCUUGCUCGCAUUCUCUAUAGAGGCUGAGAUAUGAAAGCUUUGAGAGCUCUGAGAACCCUCGCGACCUACCCUCCAAAACCCUACAGAACUUCUCUCCACCCAACCUUUCUUCUUCAAUCUUACUCAGCCCAGCCUCAAGAAGACGAUAACGCACACUCACUUACCUUCUCAGACUCUGAAAAUGGCUCAGACUCAGUCUUUGACAGUAACCAUUACACAUUACCAACCAUUAAUUCGGAACCCAACACUGAAGCCGCUCAGCAGCCCACUUGGGACGAGAAAUAUAGAGAAAAAGCUGAUCAAUUAAUCUUCGGAAAGGAAACCCAGAAAGGAAAAUUGAAGAUUUCGGAGAAGGAGGAGGAGAGGAGGAGGAGAGUGCUUGCCAAGGUGCUGCUCGAGGCAGCGUUACAGGCAGCGGACGAUGAGGUGGGGGAGGAAGAUGAGGACACGGUAGUGAAGGAGGAGGACCAGAAGUCAUUGUCGGUCGGGAUAAUUGGUGCUCCAAAUGCUGGGAAGUCUGCACUGACGAACCACAUGGUUGGAACAAAGGUUGCUGCUGUUUCCCGGAAGACAAACACCACUACUCAUGAAGUGUUAGGAGUGAUGACAAAAGAAAACACCCAAAUUUGUUUUUUUGAUACGCCAGGACUCAUGUUGAAUAAAAGUGGACAUCUUCACAAGGAUAUGAAGGUUCGUGUGGAAAGUGCUUGGAGUUCUGUUAAUCUCUAUGAUGCGCUCAUUGUUAUUUUCGAUGUCCAUAGGCAUCUUACCAGGCCUGAUUUAAGGGUGACAAGAUUGAUCCAACGAAUGGGAGCACAACCACACCCAAAACAGAAGCGCAUCUUAUGCAUGAAUAAGGUGGAUUUAGUCGAGAAAAAGAAAGAUCUGUUAAAGGCAGCCGAACAAUUUAAAGAUUUGCCUGGAUUUGAAAGGUAUUUCAUGAUUUCAGGACUUAAGGGCUAUGGAGUGAAAGGUCUAACCCAAUAUUUGAUGGAGCAGGCAGUUAAAAGGCCCUGGGAUGAAGAUCCUUUUGCUAUGAGUGAAGAAGUUAUGAAGAACAUAUCAUUAGAAGUUGUCCGUGAAAGGCUAUUGGACCAUGUUCAUCAGGAAAUACCAUACUAUAUUGAACACCGUUUAAUGGACUGGAAGGAAUUAAGGGAUGGUUCUCUAAGGAUUGAGCAGCACUUAAUCACCCACAAGCCAAGCCAGCGCAAGAUUCUUGUGGGGAAAAAGGGCUCCAAAAUAGGGAGAAUCGGCAUUGAAGCUAAUGAAGAGCUAAGGUCCAUCUUCAAGAGAGAAGUACAUCUCAUCCUCCAGGUUAAACUUAAAUGAUGCGUUAGCAAGUUGUAUCAAAUAUCAAGAAUCCUACCAUCCUUGCACACCGACUUGAAGUGUAUAUAAAAAGGCCUGUUUACUGCACUUGUACCUUGAUCUUCCUUGAUACUUUACCUUUCAAAGGCGAUCCGGAGCUGAGCUUCAAAGUGGCAAGUAAUUCAGAAGAUCAAUCUGGCAUGAAGACAGCUGGGUCCGCAACACUCGUCUUUUCCAUAAGAAUUCCCACCAUUCUGCUUAUAAUUUGUUAAUUAAUCAUAUAAAGUUUUGAGAAUAUGUAUUGUCCACUCUUUUGAUAAGAGUUUCUCUCUGUUCUUUUCUUUGUACCAUGACUGCAACUAUUAUUGUUUUUUAAAGAAUAUGAAAUUAUUCCUAAUUCUUAAAUUUUAUAAAAUUUAUUAUAUCAUCUUAAUCCA